UUGCAUCAUCAUGUCAUGCCACAAUAUAUAACCACAUUAUCAUCUACACAAUUUUCACAUCAUUUUCCUCUUCACAUUCUGAAAAACAUAACAAAGAUGAAUCCACUAGCCUUAUCUCUCAUCUUGUGCACCAUUGCUGCAGCUCACAGCACAAACAACAAUGCCAAUCUGAUAGAACAAACUUGCCAAAAAACUCCAAAAUAUGCAACAUGCAUUAAGUUUCUCGAAUCCGAUCCACGAAGCUCCGAUGCAAAUCUACAAGGUCUUGCAGUUAUCGCGAUGACAAAUAUCGGCGCAGCAGUAAACAUUGCCCUAACCCAAAUCAGUGAUUUGGUUAAGGUGAAUCAAGAACCUGCUCAAAGUGAAGCUUUGAAUUCAUGUGCUGAUAGAUACAGUACAAUUUUGGUAGCUGAUUUGCCAAAAUCUGUUGCAGCUUUGAAACUAGGAGAUCCUAAGUUUGCUGAAGAGGGUGCAAAUGAUGCUGCAGUUGAAGCUGCUUCUUGUGAGAAUGGAUUCUCAGGAAAAUCACCACUCACUGAGGAGAAUGAUGAUAUAUAUGAUGCAGCAAUCAUAGCAGCAGCUAUUGUUAAACAAAUGCUCUAGACUCUAUUUCUAGACAUAAUCUCUAGCAUGCAUUUUAGUAAUAAUAAUAUUAUUAUAUCAUAUUGUAUACAAUAUGAUAUCUGUUUAAUCAAAUUGCUUCUAUGAACUUUGUAUUUUCCUCUUUUAUAAUAUUUAUUCACAGUCCUUAUGUUUCUUAUUUUUCA